AUGGAACCCCAGAAGCUGCUGAGCCUUGGAUUUCUGCUGUGCUCUCUGACUUGCCUCUUGGUGAUGGUAGCUUCCUCUCCUUCACCUUUAUAUGCUUUGAGAAUAAAAGACAAAGUAGGAUCGAAGCCACGCUCAAGAGACAACUACAGGGCCUGGCCGAGCAACUUCAGGGAUUACCUGUGGAAUUUCUUCAAGAGCUCUGUACCUCCAGCAGCCAUUUUUGCUUUUCUUAUCACCACAGUACUAAUGGGGACCCUCUUCUGCCUCACCAUUCUUCUAGAUGAACCAGUCCAGUGAAGAACUAAAAGAUUCAAUGAGGCAAGUGUGGUAUUUGGCUUGCUGAAUUUCAAGAGAGUGGAGAGUGUGCUAUAUGCUCAAAAUGAGAAAGUAUCUAUUGGUGAAAA